UUGACGGUGCGGCCUUGGAGUGAGGCAAAUCUACCGCGUUGCUAAAGCCAAGCGCGUUGCCAUUGGAAACGGGACGGUUUUCAACUCUGACCUCUGGCCCUUCCGCCGGGCAGGACGUGCAGAAGAUGGGAGAUUGGGAAGGACACUGGGGCUUUCUUCUCAGCUUUCGGGCUGUUGUGUCCGACGGUGGUCGGAGAUUAUGUUGCUGAUCCGGUCAGAACGUGGUACGGGCUGAACGUUUACCGGCCGUGUGUGUGUGUUUCCCGUAAGAAAAGGCAGGUUGCGUUUGAACGAAACGAAGGAGCGACGGUAAUGAUGCUGGCCGAGCAGGCACAGACGUGGUUUCCGACCCAUGUCCAAGUCACUGUCCUACAAGCCCGAGAUUUGAACCCCAAAGGUAAAAGUUGCACCAAUGAUACAUACACCAUUAUCCAACUGGGCAAAGAGAAAUAUUCGACUUCAGUGGCGGAGAAAACCUUGUCCCCGGUCUGGAGGGAGGAAGUGUCCUUUGAGUUCCCUGGUUUAUUGCUGCAAGGAACGCCCGAGAAAUACACCCUCCACCUGAUUGUCAUGCACCGUUCACUCGUCGGAUUGGAUAAAUUCCUCGGGCAGGUGGCCAUUUGCCUCAAUGAACUUUUUGAAAAUAAAUCGAGGAGGCAAAAAGAAUGGUUCAAGUUAGAAUCCAAGCCAGGAAAGAAAUCAAAAGAGAGAGGAGCGAUCCAAAUCUGCAUCCAGUUCAUGCGAAACAACAUGACUGCAAGUAUGUUUGAUCUUUCUAUGAAAGACAAAACCAGAUCCCCUUUUGCCAAGCUGAAGGACAAAAUGAAAGGAAGAAAAACUGAUGCCAUGUUCUCUGAUCAUUUGUCUGCGAUUAUUCCAAGUACCACGUCUGCUAACCCUAAUCAAGAAGCAUUGGAAAUGGAUAAACAACUAAAGUCAAAGCCUAAAAAGAACUUCCUGUUGGGACCACAAAGACUAUCAUCUGCACAAUCAAUGUCAGAUUUACCUGGUUCCCAUCCAUCACUGGAAAAAAUUAAAUCUAAUACCUUGGGUCAUGUGGAUUACAAACCUCCUUCAGGAGCAGUUGAUGUAAGAGAAGAAAGGGGAAGUGACUACAUUCCUAAAUCGCCUCACAGACGAUCACAAAGCAUGGACACGUCCAAGAUUGAUCAGUUUGACCUAAUUUCUGCUUCAAAGAAUGGGACUGAUCCAACAAUGUCAUCACAAAAAGCUGCAACAUUACCGAGAAGUAAAAAUCCUUUUGAUAGUACCAGUGACUCAUGGGAAAUCAGAAAUACUAGUUUAGAAACAAAAAAUGCAGCAAAUUACAGACUGUCAGAUAUUAAGAAAGAGGCCAAGAAAGAUAAAGAUAAAGAGAAAAUUAGUCUUUUUGCACGUGUGACUGGCAAGAAAGAUGUCAAAAAACCUGAAAAGAUUACCAACAUGAAGUCAGAAAGUUUCAGUGAUGUAAAACUGCCGAAUCCCUUUUCUGGAAAUUUUCACAGCAGUUUUGAAAUUGAUUCCAAAAAUCCAUUCUUCACAGACUUGAAAGCAGAUAGUAUGUCUAGUUUAACAAAGCCAGUGUAUUAUGAAGAUGUAAGAAGCAAAGCAUCCACUGACCAACACAAUGGCUUAAGUAAUAAUCAACGUGCAAGAAAAGCCUUCAAGGAGCAUCACUCUGAAUACUAUGGGGACAAAAUCACAGAUCCCAGCUUCCUAACCACUACAUAUCGUAAUUUAUCCUAUGAUGAACUGAUCUAUGAACUGAUGAAACACAAAGAACUUGUUAAAAAGAAGGACAGCCAAAUCCGGGAACUUGAGGAUUACAUCGAUAACCUCCUUGUACGAGUGAUGGAGGAAACUCCUAGCAUUCUUAGAGUACCAUAUGAACCAUCUAGAAAAGCUGGAAAGCUGUCGAAAAACAAAUGAUUCAAUUAAUAUUUUGGAAUUGAUCAAAUGUAUUAGGUGUGUUGAAUCAUCUCUGAAGACUUGUAUAAUCUAUAAACAGGUAAAGAAUUUCUAGAGCAGAGAUACUGCAAAGCUUUCUGUAGUGAGUAUUGAAUGUUUACUGCCAAGCAGAAUAGAAUCUAUACAUCUUGCAUUACUUCCCAAUUAGACUAACCCUAAACAUGAACUUAACCUGAAAUUUUUUUUCAAAGUUAGUUCAUUCAUGUAUGGAUAAGAUAUUAAUAGGAUAUUACAAAGUGAAUUCACGGAGUUAGAUUGAUCGCGGAAGAGCCUUGGUUCUGCAUCACUCUCACAAGCUGAUCUCACAGAUGUAUUUUUGUAUUAUCUAACUGGAAUGUAGCACCAAUAGAAUGAUAUAGAAUCAGAAAUGAAGAUGGUCACAUUGUAAAUUACAUUUAAAUGGUUGCAGUUCUGAUUGCAUCCCUCAGAAGGGUCUUGCAUUCAUUUUGAAGAAUGGUCAUGCUUCCUGUUACGUUAUGAAAGCCAUUCUCUUACUUGAAUCUUGUGAAUCGAAAUGUCAAUACACCAUUUGAUGCCAAAAUUUAUCCUUUAAUACUUGCCUAUUACUUGAUUAUAUAUUGUGUGUCUGUGUGCUCUGGGAAAGGGUCUCAUUCAGUUAUUUUGUGAAGCAAAAUAAAUUUAGUGGUGUUCUUUAUUUUGCAAAAAUUGUGAGGGUUAAUUUGAAUGUAUUUGAACAAGAUGUCAGUAUAUUGAACAGUGUCAAACUAAUCACUUUGUUAUCUAUUGUAUUUGAAUCUUCCAGUUCUUCUAGAACAAAAUACUUUUUUGAAGCUUGUUUUCAUACACAUUUCCACAUGUAUUUGCCUAAUACUGCAUUGCAAAUCCAGUUUUUUUCUACAUUCAUUUUGUUGUCCAAUUUAUCUUGCUCUAAUGAAAGUGUACAGUAAAAUACAAUGAGCAUUCUUUUUGCAAAACAUUUAUUGAUUACAGAGAAUAGGCCCUUUCACCUCUGCGAACUACACCACCCAGCAACCCCCAUUUUAACUCAGCCUAAUCAUAGGGCAAUUUACAAUGACCAAACAGCACACCUUUGCAACAUGGGAGGAAACUGCAGUACCUGAAGGAACUCCACCACGCAGUCAUGGGGAAAACACCCUUGAAGUUGACCCGGAUUGCUGGUACUGUAAAGCAUGGUUCUAACCACUACACUCCCAUCCCUCCCCAAAAUAUGAACAAAACUUAAAACAUUGGUUACAUGAUGAGAUAUUGGUGAAAGGUAGUUUGGCUAUAUAAAGAUGACAGUAGAACACUAUGAUGAGAUUCCAGUGAAAGAUAGUUUGCUAUAUAAUGGUGACAAGAGAACACUAUGAUGAAGGAAGGCAGCAAACCACCACGCUGUCCUUUCAUUUCCUAUCAACGAAUAUCGCCAUCUUAUCUUGUACAGAGUUCACAGUUCAGUCAAUUCCAGCCCCAAGUACUACUACAUUUUUAUACUGUAGUACAGAGGUUGCACAAUAAAUGGAUCCUUCAGUAUUUCAGAAAGAAUGCCAACUCUGAGGAAUUAUACUGUAAAAUUUACAAACACUGUUACAUGCAUUUAUGUAAAGGACACAACUUUGGUGUUUUGAGUAAAAGUUGUGCAUUUCAUGCCAAAUAUACACUUGGAUUUUGUGUGCAUUUAAAAUAAGCCAUAGUCCAAAGUAACAUUUUAGAAGUAAGGCAACUAUGCCUAUUUGGAGCAUGUGCCUAGAAAUUGAUGUCACUUCGCCUAGUAAGCAUCUUCAGAUAUGGGGUGUGUCUAACACAUGAAAGUGACCAGCCCUAUUUCCUCUAGAAUCAUUAAUUAAGAACUACAUUUAUAGAGGCUUUUCAGUAAUAGUGAAGUAUAACAUACCCCAAUUAUUUGUCCACCUGCUCCAGACCUCGAUUUCUUGUAGCUUCUUUCUUUGGAUAAGAUGGAUACUUUUUUUUUUAAUUUUUACAAAAUACAUUUAUCUUUGUAAAUGUUGGGUGCCAAUAUUGCUUUUGCACUUUUUGUAAAUGAAAUUUUGCAACAAAAUAUUUAAAUGGUGCACUUGCUUUUUUUUAAAUGUUUCACAGAAAUGCCACCUUUAAGUUGUCUUAUUCUUUAACUCUUUAAGGUGCUUGUUAGAUAACUAAUAAUUUAGAAGCAAACCAGUUACAAGUAUGUAGGACAGGUGAAUUUUUUUAAUUAAGUCUUUGUAAAUGCAACAUACAGAGAAAACUGAGUUGCAAAAGGUACGUGAAUUUGUGCAUGUUAAUAAGGUGCACAUUUAAUGAGAACAAUGCUUGCUUGAACUCUAUGACAACUGCCAAUUACAGAGCUGAAGGAGUCAGCAUUCUAUUUGUAGUGGGAGUUCACAGUGCAGUACAAUUCCAGCUUGGGGUAUUUAAUCUUUACACAAAGACAUUUGAAAAUGGGUCCUUCAAUGGUAUGAUUGUUUUCUUAGUCUUUAUGUAAUAAUGCCAGUUCUUGAGGAUAAUGUAAUAUUAUUCAGUUUUUAGUUAUAUUGAUUUGUAUGAAGACCACAGUAAUUAUACUACACACUGGGGCUUGACCACAUUUCAAUUACACUUUGACUCGUAGAAAUGUUGCAUGCAAUUUCACAAUUGAAAAGUGAAUGUACUUCUGGGCCAUUGUUAGUAAUCUUCUGUUGUGCCAAUAUAUUUUACUUGGCACAUUUUUACUUUUUCAUGAUGAGGUUGCUAAUUGACUCCAAAUACCAUUUUUGUACUCCUAGUUAAAACAUUGUGAUGGAAAGUGUUCCUGUCUUAUCACUGCCUUUACUCGCUCUUUAUUAGUUUGUGAAAUAGUAAACAAACCAAUUGAGAUCCUUUACAAAGGAAUUGUAUUGUGUAACUGGAACAGGUAUAUGCAUUGGUGCUAGGAAAUUUUGCAUAUUUAUGCUUCAUAAUGAAUAAGUAUAAGCUUUUUCACUUCAGCAUCUUAAUCAAAUCACAAGGCAGUUGACUUACCUCACUGGUUAGCUGUUGUGGGAAAUUUGAACAUUUUGUAAAUAACCUAACAUACAAACCCAACCCCACACCUGUAUAGGCUACAAGCUACUUCAGAGUUAAGGACUUAAUAACUAAAGUUGCAAGUUCACCAAAGUACUCAUCACUACCAAUAAAUUGUACAAAUGGGGCAAAUAUCAAAAUAGAUUAAAAGUCGAGAGAAACAAGGAAUGCAGCUGAAUCUUUCAGUUUUAAGUCGAUACUCAAAAGUACAGUUUACUUGAACAUUGCUAGGUUUCUUUCUGUUCUGCUGACUUCUUGGGCAAAUAGUUUGCUGCUAAACAAUUUAGUCCAGUACUCUAGCUGGUACUCUCACUGAGUAGACAUCAUACUUACUCUUUGGUGAAGACUGUAAAUUGCCAUAGCUGAAAUGCCUUCAUUGACUUCAGAAUUAACACUGAUUGGUACCAGAGUCUUCUGAGGAAAGUUGGCAAAGCUAAUUUGCCUGUAAAGUUCUAAAACUUCUCUAACUUAACUCUUCAUAUUUGAUUAUUGUAUCCAUUCUGGUACUAGCUUUGCCCUAUGACCUGGUUGUUCAGAAUUUAUUCCCACUUCCAAGUCACGGCACAGAUUUAUGCACAAAUCGUGCACAGGGUUUUCUGUAAACUUUUAAGAAUGAGUUAAUAAUAUUUUGAUACAAAGACAGUAGAACAUAAUAAACAUGAAUGUGGCUUUAUUCCAUUUUAUUUAAAAAUAUUCUAAUCUAUUUAUCAUCAGCCAAAAAGUAUACUGCAUGGACAUCCAUGCUGCUUUAAGUUUAGUUCUGCACAGUAAUAUAAUGGACAAUUUCCACAGUGAAAAUUGAAUUUAGCAUACUAUGAUGAGGUUUCUACACAUAGCAAUGUAUUAUGCAAGGUUUUCGUUUGAUGCUUUUAAAUGCAUUAGGCAUGACCUGCAAGAAGUUUUUUUAAAUGAAAAUUUACAUAUCUUCCUGUCAAAUUGUAUGAAUCAAAAGCAUUUUAAGUAAAAUGAUUCAUUUAGCUUGCUUGUACAGUACUUAUGACAUUAAAAAACUAGAAAUUUAAGUCAGUAUGUUUGUGUUUUAUAUGAAAUGAGUAUUCCAUACUUGGUAUUGGAAAUAACCUAAAAGUGGCUGCAUGUGGCUUGAUGUAGCAUGCAUUUUAUUAUUAAAGGAUGUUUAUAAAUGGCUUUCAAUUUGAUUGCAUGUUUAAAAAAAUACAAUGGGUUAAAGAUUUCUGAUGGUAUUAAUCUAUUAAUGGUUUGAUUGCAUUUACAAUGCAAGUUGUGGCAAAGCAUAUCUUUCAUAAUACAUUAAAUUCCUCAAUAUGUUCUGCAUUUCUGUACCAACUCAUAACUUAUCAUUGCUAGAAACCAAAUACUGCAUGUUUCAUAUGUUCAAUAAAGUCUAUCAAAUAUAAUAUG